CGACAACGACAACAACAACAUGCGGGCAACAAUCACCAGCACUGCGGCCAUGGCCAUGGGCGCCGCGGCCUACGUAUGGCCCGGCCAGUACGACAUCGUGGAGGACGUGUACAGCCUGCAGGCGGGAGCGGUGCGCCUGGGCUUCAUCGACGCCGUCAACCCAUGCGGCUUCGGGACCGGGCGGCGCGGAGUGCAGAACGCCGCCGAGUGGCUGCGGGUGGCGUACCACGACAUGGCGACAGCCGACGUGGCGGCGGGCACGGGCGGGAUCGACGCGAGCAUCCGCUACGAGACGGCCCGCGACGAGAACGAGGGUGCCGCCUUCAACAACACGCUUGCCUUUUUCUCCGGGUUCUACAAUGCCCACGUGCCCCUCGCCGACCUCAUCGCCCUUGGGGUGGUGGCGUCGGUCGACAUGUGCGGGGGGCCGGCGAUCGAGUUCCGCGCCGGCCGCGUCGACGCCACCGGACCCGGGGCCACCGGCGUCCCUAAGCCCGACCAGGACAUCGCCACCCACACGGCCGCCUUCGCCAGGCAGGGCUUCUCAAAGGCCGAGAUGAUUGCCCUCGUCGCCUGCGGGCACACGCUCGGCGGCGUCCACCACGAGGACUUCCCCCAAAUCGUCGGAGACCCGGACGCCACCCCGGGCAACACGACCCAGUUCGAGGGCGGCGACUCGGCGGCCAUCUUCGACAACCAAGUCGUCACCGAGUACCUCGACGGGACCACUCAAAACCCCCUCGUUGUCAGCCACAACGCCACGUUCCGCUCCGACCACCGCGUCUUUGGCGCCGAUGCCAACGCCACCGCCCGGGCUCUCGCCGACCCGGCCGUCUUCCGCGCCACCUGCGCCAGCGUCCUCACCCGCAUGAUCAACACGGUCCCGGCGGGCGUCGUCCUCUCGGACCCCAUCGUCCCCAUCGAUGUCAAGCCCUACAUCGAUACACUCGCCCUCACUGCCAACUUGACCAUCUCCUUCGCGGGGCGAAUCCGCAUCCGUCUCGACGCAGACUCGUCCCGUGACGAGAACGACAUGCAGAUUGACCUCAUCUACACCGACCGCAACAAUCAGCCCGUGUCGACCCCGAUCCCGACAACCCGGCUCACCUUCCGCGGUGGCGUCACAACUGGAUUGCAUGGCUCCAGCUUUGCCUGGUUCAACUUUGCCACCUCGGACCUCGACGCCGACGCCGGCAUCAGCGGCUUCAAGGUCCGCAUGACCAAGCCCUCCACGGGCGCCGUCACCGUGUUCGACAACGGCGGCACCGAACAUGGCUUCCCCAUCGACGAUAGCCUGCUGUACCAGGGGGCUCAGUCCUGCCUGACAACCACCGCCACCAACACGCACGACCUAACCGUUGUUGCCGCCGUUCGUACAGACCGCGCCAACGAACUCCUAGCGCUCGACGUGAAUUACAAGGCCUCCCGGUUGAACGAGUCCUUCGCGCCAUUCCUCUCCACGCGGUCGGCAAGUCUCGCCAGCACGGGCCAGACUGUCGGUGGCUACACGCUCUUCAAGACUACUGUGCCUAUGGACGAGGAAUCCUGGUUCUCCGCAGAGUUCGACCUUGCCCUGGGUGCAACCAAGGUGCUGCGGAGGGACAGCUCGGUUCUGCAGUCGGCUUGCAAAAGUCUGUGACCCGCCAGACCUUUAGAUAUUGAGAUGAUAAUGAUUCGAAAGAGGCUUGACUCAUUUUGUAAAUAACUGGGAAGUCCAAGGUAAAACUAAGAAAAACGAUAUAAGAGCAAGAUCACGAUAGAUCCGCUAGGUAUAUACAUAUAUUCACCGAGCCAGAAGGCUCCCCAAAGCCUAAUUAUGUUGCUACAGGCCGUGGUAUUGAUGAU